GCAACUAAUAUUAGGUAAUCGAUUUUAUGAUUGUAACUGAAGUUACAAGCAUGCUUUCAUUGGACUUUAUACUGCAGUGUAAGUGCGGCCAGGCAGGUUUCUUCGGCGCACGUUAGACAUGGCUUGCAUGAGCCCAGCAAACCUGUCUGGCCACACAAGAUACCCGUGCAAAAAUAACAUAGUUAUUUAUAAGUAAAGACUAAUAAAAUUUUAUUAAUGGUGAAUAUAUGUGCAAUGAAACGAAAUUUUUUUAAUAGAAAGUACGAGAGAAGAACUUUACAUUUUACGGCUGAGUCUACUUCUUCUGAAGAGGAAAUUACUAAUAGUAGUUCUCAGUCCGACUGUAGCAAUACAGAUGAUAAUGUUAAUGAUGGUAGUUUUACCCAAGAGACAGAAGAAAUUGUAUCUAUAGUAUCUGAGGAAGAAAAUCAAAUUCUAGUAUCUGAGGAAGAAUCGAGUGCUUCCAUGUUUCAGUUCUUUAGUUCUAAUCCAUUUGAAUGUUCUUUAUUGGAUUCAAUUGUUAACAAAAAGUUUAUGUUUUUAACCUUGUUGUAUUUAAUGAUUAGCAAUUCAUUUACUGAAAUCGCAUUUGAUAGAUUUUUGAAGACUUUGCUGAUUUUUCGCUGUAUAAAUGACAUGCCGUCAUCUCAUAAAAUGAUUCGUAGAUUUGUUACUAAAAAUAUAUUCUCCCAUACUGAACCAACGCAUAAAUAUUAUUGUCAUAAUUGCUGCACAGCUUUAGUUGACACGUGUAAAAUAAAUACUCAUUGUUCAUCCCAUAUCUUUAUAUUGGAUAUCAUUAGCCAAAUGAAACUUGUUUUAUUUCUGAAUUUGGAUGCAAUUAAAUCAUAUCAAUUGGAAAUUAUGUCAGGUAAAAGAAAGAGUGAUUUUAUUUUUAGACCAAAUUUUGUUGAAAAUAUGAAGUCUGCAAAUGUUUUACAUAUUCAUUUAUUGAUGUCAACAGAUGGUGGAGAACCAUACACAAAAAAAAAGAUUACAAUGUGGCCAUUUCAUGCUAUUAUUUUAGAUUUACCAUCUUAUAAAUGAUUCCUAUUUGAAAAUACACUACUUCUUGGUUUAUGGUUCUCAUUAUUAAAACCUAAUUGGAAUGCUUAUUUAAAGGAGUACAUCAAUGGAAAACUGUUUGAAACACCCCUUGAAAUUAACAAUAUCCAAGUAGUUAUUCAUAUUGUUGGUUUUGUUUUCGAUUUGCCUGCAGUGGCUUCAAUCAUCAAUCAUAAGCAGUAUAAUGGUGAAUUUGGAUGUCACUAUUGCGAACAUCCUGGUAGAACAAUUGAAAGAAAACAUGGUUCCGCUAGAAUUUAUUCACAUUCAGAUACAAAUUAUAAUCUUAAAACAUCUGAAAUGUAUGCCAUAUAUGCUAGAUUAGCCGAAAAAUCAAAAGUAUCUGUAUUUGGAAUUAAAGGCUCAAACAUCUUUAGUGACAUUUCAUUUAUUAAAGUGCCAGAUAUGAUACUUAUUGAUGUGUUACAUUUGUUUUACGAAAAUUGCUCAAAAAAGCUUUUAGUUUGUUUAUUUUCUGUUACCAAUAAACACGAAUCAUUUUUUAUUGGUAGUGCAAAAUUAAAUGCUAUGGAAAUCUUACUUGCUGAUCAAAAAAUGCCACAUAACAUGCCCAAGCCAUUAACUAUUAAAUCAUUCACACAUUGGAAAGGCCAUGACUUUAAAAACUUUAUUUUAUACUUAGCAGUUCCAUAUUUUUUACCAUAUUUGAAUCCUGACUGCAUGAUGAUGAUUUAUUCUCUAGUAAUUGGAAUGCGUUUGUGUAGCAGUGAAAUAUGUUUAGAUAAGGUGUUGCUUAUUAGUCAGCUGUUUAACUUUUAUCAAAAAUCAUUGUCUGAGUUGCUUCCUUUAUAUAUGAAUACUAUAAAUGUUCAUUUGCUUGGUCAUGUUAGCGAUAUUAUUAAAAUGCAUGGAAGUGUUACAAAUUACUCAAUGUUUUUUUUUGAAGCUC